AGAGGGAGGUCCCCAGUGCUGUGUGGAUGAGACCAGGCUGAGAAGAGGAUGGCACGUUUUCUACCCAGCACCCUAAAUUAACCUCAUCUUCUCCCUUCUCUUCGCCCCAGGGAUGAAAAGUCUCCCUACCCACACCUGAGGCAACCCUGCUGAGCUCCAGGCACUGGUGUGGCUCCACAGCAAUUUUGGGGCUGGAGGGGUCAGGAGCUCCUCUCCAACGUGGAGGUUUUCCAACCCUGAGACUGUUGGUUUCUGAGUGCCCAGGGCUCCCAUCCCUGCUGCGUCGCCCCAUCCCAGCCAUACCUGCCCUGUGCGGGCCCCCCAGGCCCCCAAUGACCAUCUGGAUUGGGGCAGCGUGACCCCCACCGUGCCAUCACCAUGGCCUCCUCGGACGGGCUGCAGUACCGGGCUCUCUACGAGUACCAGAAGGACCGGGAGGAGGACCUGGCGCUGUGCCCCGGGGACGUGCUGACCGUCAGCAGGGCCGGGCUCCUCAGCAGCCCCGACUACAAGGAGGGGGACGAACGCAGCCCCCAGGGUUGGCUCCAUGGCCUCAACGAGCGCACCAAGGAGCGCGGCGACUUCCCCGGCACCUACGUGGAGUACCUGGGUCCCACACGCAUCGUGGCGUCCGCCACCAAGGCCAGGCCACGGCCUUUGCCCCCGCCGCCCGCUGGGACCCCCGCACCCUGGGGGCUCCCCGGGCAGGCAGAUCUCGCCGAGCACCCCACGCUCCCCGAGCAGGCGCUGCCGACCGUGGCCAGGCUCAUCGAGGCGCUGGAGAAACAAGGUGUCGACAGCGAGGUGGUCUACAGAUCCAGCCCCGGCGUGCUGGGGGAUGCUGAGCUGAAGCAGGCUCUUCUGGCGGGUAAGUCCCAGAGCUGCGUCCCUCCCCGUGUCCCUGGGUGGGAAGGAGAAUCGUGGAGGUGA